UUGAAUUUGUGAAGUACCGGUUUAGAAUUUGCGUAAAUUUGAAAACUAUGCCGAAAAAUUACCUUUCCUUCCGGUACGACCCUUCAAUUCAAACCAGGAACGAUCACUGGGAUGACAUGUUUUGUCGCUUAUUCUGGUCCCCGUUCGAAAGUGUCGCGAGACAAACUAGAAGUGGCCAAUCGUAUGAAAAGACUUCUAGAAAUCUAAAAAUAGAAGAAGUCAAAGAUUGCGAUCCAGUAGAAGUAGAACUGAACUAUCAUGACGACUGGAUUGAGUUAGAGUAUAGUAAUGAAACUCAAGACCAAAAAGAUGUUUUAGAAGUUGACAAUGCUGACCAAUCUCCUAUAAAGGAGACACCCGACGAAGAAUAUAAUGAAGAAGAGACAGAGGAAGAUUUGGGCACUUUGACUGCAGCCCAAGAAGACCCACCUAAACCAUACCGCUGUGAGAAAUGUAUGACUCGGUUCCAAACAUCGCUUUUGUUGCGCCGACAUUGGUUGGUGCACGAAGAGCGACCCUGUGAGUGUGAGGUUUGUGGCAAAACGUUCAAAACUCGCAGCUAUUUGUCGAUUCAUCGGCGAAACAUGGGCCACCACAAUUGGACAAUCAGUUGUCCCCGGUGCGGUAAGAUGUUCGCCGAGCAGCGCUAUUUGGGUCGUCACAACGAGACAGCGUGUAACAAGUAUAUUAAUAAGCGUAAGUAGCGGAUUUGUGGAAGCAUACUCAUCUGAGCCCUUAUCACAAUUUAGUUUUCAAAUUUUAUCAGACGUCCCUACAUUGUUUUAAAAUGGAUUUACCUAGUUGCUAUUCUACCAUUGUUUAUAUUAUCUCGUUGAAGUUGUUUCUGCACAAGUUAAUAAUAUGUUUUGUUAGUCAGACGCAGACCACCUGAAUUAUA